GGGAGGCUCAGCACUGGAGUCUUGCACAACUCAGAUCCCCAGCUGGUCCUGGCUCUCUCCCUCUCUCCUCUGCCCCGAAGUGAAGCUCCAGGACUCUUGGCCGACUCUGGUCCUGCCUCCCCGGACAGUCUCAGCCACCGCCGACUCAGUUCUCCUCAGGCUGGGAGACCCGGGACCCAGGCACCAGAACACACAAGAGGGCUCGCUCACUGUGACAGAUGGAGAUAGAGUACAAGAAAAUCCUCCUGCACAAAGGGCUGGAGAGCCUCACUGAUUACCAGUUCCGAGCAGUCAAAUCUUUACUGGCUGAUGAGUUAGGGCUGACUGCAAAACUGAGGGAUGACGCAGACAGAAUCAAGAUUGCAGACCAGAUGUUCUCCAAGUUCCCAGCCGCCCAAUCUGUGGUCAAGCUCAUCGACACCAUCAAGGAAGAUCCAAGUCUCAAGGAGCUUGUGGAGUCCUUGAGAAAGGAGAAGCAAAACGUUUCAAGGAGACUGAAGACUGCAGAACUAAAAGCAAGGAGCAAGCAGCAGCAGAACAGAGCGGGGCCCUCAGCACCUCUGAGAAGCCCAGUUGGCCCACGGCCACCCCCGGGAGCAGCAGAGGACGUUGUGGCCCAGAAAAGAAAACACAACAUGGAAGGAGAAAAAGAUGUGAAAAGGAAUAAGGGAGCCCAGAAGUCCAGCAAGGCCCCCUGUCCUGUUGGUGCCAGCCCUGCAGGAACCCAAAUGGCCACCGAACACUUCUCACCAGACACCAAAAAAUUCUCAACAGCCAACUUGAUCUUCCAACUUGACACGCCCAGGGUCCCAGUAGCUGCGCCAAGUGUCCCACCAGCCACCCCAAGCUCAGUGUCCAUGACACCCUCCAGAUCCUUGACCAAGGGGCCGUCAUCUGCAGCUAAAGUCGUUGAAGACAGAAGAAACCCCUCCCCGAGCUCCGUGACCGUCCUGGUGCUGGAACAUAGCCAGCUCUUCAGCUACGAGUCUGGGGAACAGGCCCACGCUGCCAUGUUCUACGCGACAGUGGCCACUGCCAGUCAGUUCUUCCGGGUGAAGGUGUUUGACGCCAAUCUGUGGGACCUAUUCAAAGAGGGCUCGGUCCUCGUCAUCUCUGGUCACUCUGAGUGCAGAGGGACCCUGGAGGUCAGUGGGACCUCGCUAGUGUCUCCCGCUUCUGACCUGAUCCAGGUCCCAAACAGCGUCAUGAAGAGGGCAUGCGAGUCUCCCAAGAUUGACGACCUGUGCAAGGCUGUGUCAGGGACGCCCGUAUACGGGCGGUUCAAGGUGGUCAAGAAGACAGAGAACAAGAAGAACACCAUCUACGAGAUUAAGGAUAAGACGGGGAGCAUGGACGUGGUGGGGAGCGGACAGUGGCACCAGCUGCCCUGUGGGCCGGGGGACCAGCUGCAGCUCUUCUGCCUCCGAGUGAGAACCAUCAAACAGAAGGCGAUCCUGACAUGCGAGAAACACAGCCUCAUCCAGGUGGUCAAGAGUAAGAAGACCAAGAACCCAGUGUGCGGGGGCUGGAGCAAUUGUCCAGUGGGUACGGCGUUGGUCUUGCAGGCGGCCGACGCGGGUUCGAUUCCCAGCAUCCCAUAUGGUACCCCGAGCACCUCCAGGAGUGCUCGCUCUCUGACACAGAUGGAGACGCAGUACAAGAUACUCUUCCUGCAGAAAGGGCUGGAGAUGCUCAGUGAUUACCAGUUCCGAACAGUCAAGUCCUUACUGGCCACGCCUCUCAGACUGACACCCAAAAUGCAGGAGGAUUAUGACAGAAUCCAGAUUGCAAAUCGAAUGUUUGCCCGGUUCUCGGGUAUUAAAUGUGUGAUCAUGCUCAUCGAGGCUAUUAAAGGCGACAGAGAACUGGAGGGUCUUGUCAAGUCCUUGCAGCGACAGGGUCCCGGGGUUGCCCCUGAGGUUGCUGACAGAUUUUGGAGUCUUUGCUCCUUAAUGCAAAGGCUUCCUUUUCCUUAUUACUCCCCCCAGAAUGCAAGACCCCAGGCACCCCCCAAGGCAAAAGUCAACAGCCACGUCCUCCAGGAGACCCCAAUACUGGCGAAGGUCCUGCAAGUCUCCAAGCUGUUUGUGAGCAAGGCCCCGAGUGGCGAGGAGAGGCGCCUGUUCCACACCACUGUGGCCACGACGGCCAAGUUCUUCCCCGUGAAGGUCUUCAACCCCCAGCUUAAGGGCAAAUUUAUCUGCAAGAAAGUCCUGUGCAUAUCCCACUACAUCAGGGUCAAGGGCUUCCUGGAGGUCACAGAAGAGUCUUCAGUCACUGAAGUGAAUCAAGAAGUCAGCGUCCCAAAGGCUAUUCUGGAAAAAGCCAAGCUACGCCCCCAGAUCCGCACCCUGCACACGCUGACAUCAGGGACAGUGCUGAGUGGCCUCUUCACACUGAGUAAGAAAUCCAAGAAGAGGACCAAGACCAUCUAUGAAAUCGAGGACAAGACGGGGGUCAUGGACGUGGUAUGCAGAGGACAGUUCCAUGACCUGUCCUGCCACAGGGGGGACAAGCUCAGGCUCUUCGGCUUCCGACUGAGAAUCCACCAGCAGAAGAGAGAACUGCACUCGGAGGAGGACAGUUUCAUCCAGGUGAAGAAAAGCUGGUGUUCCCAGAGCUCAACUCUUCCAGAAACAUCUGUGGCCAACCUGACCCCCAUGCCUGUUCAGACCCCGCAGAAGCCCCUGUCCACCAGUGCCCAGACGGAGGGUCCAUGUCCAGCUGCUCAGGUGGCCGGAGCUCUCCUGGACGCAGCCUUGCUCCAUCACCCUCCUCCACCUCCUGCAGCUGCCACCAGCAGCUCCUCCACCCCGCUGCCACCUGCUGCUCAGCACUCACCAGCCCAGAGCUCAGCCUCCGCCUGGCUCCCGUGUCCUGGUCCCCACUCAUCAGCCCAGAGCUCAUUGUCUCCCCAGAAACCACAUCCUACUCCCCCUUCAUCAUCCCAGAGGUCGAGUUCCACCCAGGUACCGCGUCCUGGCGCCCCCUUGUUAGCAGGAAGCACAACCUCCAACCAGCUACCACAUCCUGGUCCCUCCUCUUCAGCCCAGAACUCAUCCUCCCCCCAGAAACCACAUUCUGCUCCCCCAUCUUUAUCCCAGAGGUCGAGCUCCACCCAGGAACUGAGUCCUGGUGUUCCCUUGUCAUCCAGAAGCACGACCUCCACCCAGCUACAGAAUACUGGCCCUCCCUCAUCAGUCGGUAGUACAACCUCGGCCCACCUACCGCAUCCUGGUGCCCCCUUAUCAGCCGGCAGUGUGACCUCCACCCAGCCACUUUGUCCUGGCGCCCCCUCAUCAGUCGGGAGCACGACCUUUAUCCAACUACCAUAUUCUGGUCCCCCCUCAUCAGUUGGGAGCACGACCUUUAUCCAGCUACUAUCUCCUGGUCCCCCAUCAUCAGUCGGGAGCACAACCUCGGCCCAAGUACUGUGUCCUGGUCCCCCUUCAUCAGCCAGAAGCACGACAUCUGCCCAACUACCACCUCCUGGUCCCAAAUCAUCAGCCAGAAGCAAAAAUUUGGUCAAGGUACCACGUCCUGGUCCCCCAUCAUCAGCCAGAAGCAAGAUCUCGGCCAAGGUACCACAUCCUGGUCCAUCCUCUUCAGCUGGAAGCGCAACUUUUACCCAGUCUGCAACUAGGUUUGUGGGCACUUUCGAAGAGGAGGGCCCACAGGAUCAGCACAAGGCGAUGCAGGUGCUGGACGUGACCGAGCCCUUCAGGUACCGAGAGGAUUGCAGAAUGUUCCAUGCCAUCGUGGCCAUAAAGAACCAGGCACAGGAUCAGAUCAUCCGUGUGAAGGUCUUCCACGAGGACUUCAAGACACAGUUUGUCCUCGGAAACAUCUUGGUCCUCUCAAAGUACAUUGGCCGCGGUGGGUUCCUGGAAGUGUACAAAUGCACCUCGGUGGAGAAGGUGGGGUACGAACAGGUCCCCAGAGCGCUGAUCAACAGGGUCACAGAGACUCCAAAAAUCAGUCACCUGCGCCAGGAGGCUCCAUACACCGUUGUGAAUGGGGUGUUCUUGGUGACAAAGAAAACUGUGCGGGACCCCUGUGUCUACUAUGAGGUCCAGGACAAGACAGGCACCAUGGAAGUGGUGGUGUACGGACGUCUGACCGGCAUCCCCUGUGAGAGCGGCAACAGGAUCCGACUCAUCUGCUUUGAGCGAGGAGAAGAGCAGCAUCAGAUAAGAUCUUUGAUGCACAGCUUUCUCAAGGUAAUCAGGACAGGAGCGGCACAAGCACCGCCAGCCCACGCACUCUGCUCGCCGUGAUGCUGACCACCCCAGGGACACUGACCACAGUGACCCUGAUGCUGACCACAACGCUGACAUGAAGCUGAGCCUGACCCUGACCUUGAUGCUGACACUAACGCCGACCACGGCACUGGCCGAGAGGCUGACAGUGAUGCGGGCCUGGUGUCCAGGCAGAGGGACCUCAUCACAAGUGCUGACCGUGGCACUGACCACCACACUGGCCGUGAUGCCCAGACAGAAGGACCACCGCACAGGAGCCAACCAUCAGCUUGAAGCUCAGCACUGCUCAUGUCUCUGGGCACUUCCUGGCCCUGCCCUGUUGGGGUCUCAGCAGCCAGCCUGAGACCCUGGUCACGUCCCCUGCCCCUAGACACAGGAGCAGACUCUAUUCACAGGGGCCUAAGGCCCUGUGCCGGCACUCCACCCAGAAAGACGCUCUGGUUGAGGAGAUACUGGGAUGAGAGACCUGACAGUCACCACUUGUCUGAGCUAACACACCCGGCCUUGAGAGCGGGAAAUAGAAAUCAUUAGCAAACAUGUGUAAUGGCCCGGCAAAGUGUACGUGACGAGCGUGAUGACCA